CAACAACUAACGUUGAGGUUCAUACAGUUGUAGUGAGAGAAGUAGAGCCUCCUUGAGUAUUUACCAUUUACACUAUGAAGUAUAGCGCGUCAGUUCUGAGCGCCCUCGCGGCUUCUGUUGCAGGAGCUAACUUGAACGCUAAUAAUUUAGAUUUCCAGGAUGUUUUCGCCAACGCUGCCGAUGGAGACACUGUUGAACUUGCAGCCGGAGAUUAUGUUGUCACUUCGCCUGUUAUUCUAGACAAGAAGUUGACCGUUAUCGGAGCGGGUGCAAACUUCGUUGUCGGAUCUGCUGCAGACGCUGUGUUUGCUUUCGGUAACAUGCAAGGAUAUGCCACUACAUUGGAUAAGCUCACAGUAAGCACCCUUGGUGGAGCGGGUUGCGCCUUAGGAGAACCAUACGCGCUGCAAGCAAAUUUCUCUAUCGAGAUUUUGGAGGCCUAUGUUCGAAACAACAACGUCAACCUUCGAACUGAUGUUGGAGUUUGGCACAACGAGCGAAAGCUGAAUGACUUCUACUUUGAGGAUUGCCAUUAUGCUGUAGACCACCCCGACAAGAUGUCUGGCGGAGUCUACAAGUUGAUGGGCAAUUGUCGCUCAGAGUUGGAUUUCAGCGUAGCUUUCAAUAAACUUGGAGGAGCACAUCCCAAUGGAUGUGGUACCACGAUCAAGGACUAUGGCCGAUUCACCUCGUACGAAGCAGAUAUCGAAGCUCAGUGGCAUGAAUAUGUCGAGAAGAUUGACGAGGAUGAGUUUUUGCGUAUCCCCGUAGAUCGUGAAGGUAAUGCGGUGACCAACCUAUUGGUACAAAUUGACACUGUCGCAAAUGUUGCGGCCACAAUCAAUUCCAAGUGGAAUAACACAUACGGAUGCGACCCUACCAGUGAUCCUGAUUGCCCGGCGGGCUGCUACCCCGGUUCGCAAGCCGUAGGCUGCCAACCUACCGGUUGCGACCCAACAGCCACCCAAGACUGUCCUGAAACUUGCCACAUUUACUCGACAGAUCCAGCUUGCUACCCUGACGGAUGUGACCCCGCAACAGAUUCCUUGUGUCCACCCACCUGCAACCUGUACUCAACUGACCCUUCAUGCUAUCCAGGUGGUUGUGAUCCCGACACCAACCCCAGUUGUCCAAGAGAAUGUGCACUAAGUUCCACCGAGCCCGAGUGCAACACUGGUGGUUGCGAUCCAGAUGUGGAUGAGAACUGUCCGGUGUCUUGCAGACCCGGUUCAGUUGACCCUGCCUGUCAGCCCAACGGAUGCACCAUCGAGACAAAUAUCUAUUGUCCCCCACAGUGUCACAUGUACUCCACUGAGCCCGAGUGCUACAACCCUGGAGGUUGCGACCCUGCUGUUAUCGCUGACUGUCCCGCGACCUGCUCGGAAGGUUCAACGCUUCCCGAGUGUAACCCAGGAGGCUGCGACCCCAAUGACCCUGAGCAAUACUACGGAUGUCCCCCAGAGUGUAACAUGUAUUCAACAGCACCGGAAUGUAACCCAUAUACAGGUCCCAUUACCGGCUCUGUUACUGCCAAAGCAAUCCACGCUGCCACCGGAAACCCGUUGGUUGGAGUACAAGCGGAGCUUGUUGACGAGACAGGUGCUGUUGUAGACACUCAGUUGACCAACGAGCUGGGAGUUGUCUCUUUCAUUGAGGUAUCUGAGGGACCAUUCAUUGUGAAGAUUGUUCCUGUGGUCACUGAUCCCACAUAUGGAACAGUUGAACUUGUUGGAGAUCCCGAUCCCGUUAUUGAUGGAGAAACGAGCGUAGUAGUAACCAGAGGCCAGACUAGCAAUGCUGGUGUGUUCCCUUACGACAAUGAAGGUACCAUUACUGGUCGACUUACGGCUGGAGAUUUCGAUACCCCUCUCAUCGGCGAGCCAGUUCAGCUUAAGAACGGUGCCGGUGAAGUUGUCGGUUCUACUGUCACUGAUAGCGAGGGACGAUACGCUUUCGUUAAGUUGAGCACAUCCCCUCAAGACUACCAGGUCAUUGCUCCUGAGAUCAGUCUGUUCGAUGAUGUUCUUGAAGAUGAGCCUUUCGAGGAGAGUGAUGGUGCCCUUGAUGGUCUUUACUUUGUGCCCAUUUCUCCCACUGCUAACUCUGUCGCGAACGUUGAUUUCCACUACGUUGCACCACCAGCACCAGUUGACCCCACAAGCAACAUCACUGGUAAACUAUACACAACUACUACAGGUGAACCAAUUGAAGGAGUAACUGUCGAGCUAACCGACCCUCUUACCAACGAAGUGAUUGCAACCACCACAACCGGUCCCGACGGAACAUACACCUUCUUGGAAGUUAUCCCAGGAACAACUUACAUCGUCGACACUCCCCCUGAGAACCCGAACGACCCAACAUCGAUUCUAACAAAGGAUUACCACGACCCAACCAAGAGCGGAACUGAUACUCCUCUUUUCGUAACCCCUGGAACCGAGAUCAAAAACGUCAAUUUCGGUUACACACCACCAGCCACCAUUGCUGGUAAUGUCCGUAACACACGUGAUGAGAUGAUUUCAGGUGUGGAUGUCACUCUGGUCAGCGCCAAUGGAGAGACUGUUGAGACCACAAUUACUGAUGUUGACGGUAACUACAAGUUCGAGGACAUCUUCAACGUCGAUGUGUACACUGUCACGAUCACUAAGCCCGAGGAGUACUUGCUACAUGCCGAUGAGUUCGAUGCCGAAGGGCUUAAGGUGUUGAACGGUCAAUCACCCGUUGAUUUCCGAGGUGAGUCGAUCAGUGAUGUCAACUUCGUUCUAACACAAGAGAACUCGAUUACCGGAACUGUCACUUUGGAGGAUGGAACUCCCAUCGCGAAUGUUCCAGUUACUCUCAUUCCCCAGAACGGUGAGCCCACUCAAGUCACUACCACCAACCCUUCAGGCGAGUACACUUUCGAUGACGUCAUUCCAGGAGAGCACUACGUUGAUGUUCCGUUGAACCUAGGAGGUGGUGUCGUUCUUACUACCGAUCCUGAUGACAAUGUAGACGGUCACACUGUUGUGAUUGUUGAUGUUCCCAACACGAACACGGAUGUGCCCCCUUACAAAUAUGAUGUACCUCCGGUUGUCAACCUUGGUAGUCUCACUGGUGAGACGCUCAUCGCAAACACUCUGGUGCCCAUCAACGAUGUGACCGUUGAGCUUCAGGAUUCUACUGGUUUCGUUGUGGCAACCACACAAACCGAUGAGCAAGGAAAGUUUGUUUUCACUGAUCUUCCUGCCGCAGUUUACACCGUUGUUGCUCCUCUCAACACCACUUCCAUUAUCGGUGAUGUUCACAUGACUGACGAUCCCGAUCACAGUGACCCAGUUGAUGGAGUAGUUUCUACCGUUAUUGUGAACAGCAACCCUGUCACUCUACCCCCAUUCCUGUACACGCUCUCGGUGAUCCCCACUGGUUGCGAUCCCGGAGUGGAUCCCAAUUGCCCCGCUACUUGCAACCCCUACUCCACAGCCCCCGCAUGCAAUCCCCCAGGAUGCACACCCGGUGUGGAUGCCGAUUGUCCCGUUACCUGCACUGAAGGCUCUGCUGACCCUGCUUGCAACCCCGGUUGUGACACUGUCAACGACCCUAACUGCCCGGAGACAUGCAGCCCUUACUCGACUUCAGUGAUCUGCAACCCCCCAGGAUGUGAUCCGGCACUGAACGAUGGCUGUCCCGUAACAUGUGUUGUUGGAUCAACGGACCCGGCCUGUAAUCCACAAGGUUGUGAUCCUGCUACUGACCCUGAGUGUCCCCAAGGUUGCCACCCAUACUCCACGGCCCCCGCAUGCAACAUCGGUGGUUGUGACCCCGCUGCUGAUGCCGAUUGCCCAGCGGAGUGCACACCAUACUCCACCGAUCCCGCAUGUAGCCACAACGGCUGUGACCCAGACACUGAUGCUGGUUGCCCAUCUACGUGCACCUUGUAUUCCACCGAUCCCGAAUGUGGACCCCAGCCCCCUGUAUUCGACAUUGAGGCCGCUAUCAACUUGGUUGAUGUAGGUUUCUUCGACGGCUGGAAUCACUCCAAGAUUCGCUUGGAGACUCACUUGCCUUCUCCCUUCACCAUCGAGGGAGGACUGGUAGGUAUUGUUGGCAUGAGAGAAGGGAGCUUCGAGGCCGAGGUCGGAUCCAUUUCUAGUUAUGUAUUCGAACCGGCUUGCAACGGUAUUGCUGAUGAUGCGGAAUGUAUCCAGAAUGUCGAGUUCGACCUUGUGGCGUGCGAUCUAACUGGCGAGUACUCGCUUGAGGGUCUCAUCGUUACCUGCCAGGAGUCGGACGCCAAUGGUGAUCCACAGGCCUGCCCCGCAUUGACUGACGCUCAGAUCUUCCAGCCCAACGUCAUCUUCUUCAUUGAUACCAACAAUUUCUGCGAGGUAGAGGAGUUCCAGCUAGAUGCCCUAUUCGACUUGUCGAUCGAGGUAUACGAUGCCGCAGAUUACGCUGUGCCCGAGACCAUCUUCGAUCUUGGAGCUAUGUCAUACUGGCAGAUUACUGUUGAUACUUCCGCCAGUGGAGUAUCCCUGUACAACGCCGAAGUGACCUACGUUGAACGCACCACUGACGGUGACUGUUCCGCAUUCGGGGACUACAUGGGCGAUAUUGCUGGUAACGCUGAUUUCAGUCAGACAUAUGAGCCCAACGACCAGACCAUCUCUAUGCCUUUCCAGGUUACGUCCCAGAUGGCCUGCGCCACCUCAGACCGUACUGGUAACGCUAUCACCAUGAACUUCACUGUCCUGGUUGAUUACGAUGACGGAUCCGCCCGUCGUCGUCGUUCCCUCGAGGGUAUGAACACCCGUGAUGCUGGUGAGGUUGCUGUGGACAAGGAAGCUGGUGUGCGUUACACGGCCGACGACCUUGCCCAGGCUGCCGCUGUUGGCGCUGGUGCCGCUGCUGGUGCCACCGCUGCCGCUCACGAGGAGGAGAGUAACAUGAUGAUGAUUGGAGGUGCCGUUGCUGCCAUUCUUUUGCUAUGCUUGUGCUGCUGCUGCUGUGUUGCAGCUGGAGUGGUUGUCAUGCGGCGUCGCAAGCAGAACAAACAGGAAGAGUCUCUAGUAUCUCACCAAUCCUCUAUGGGAUUCAUGAAUGGUGGGGGUGCUUCCACGAUGAGUUUUGCUGGACAACCUGGGACGCAAUCCCAGUCAAAGAUCUAAGGAACAUACAUAAUAUAGAUAACAUAGCAUGCUGAACCAAAGAAGAAGUGGUGUUUAGUGUGAAAAUAAAAGAAA